UUGUGAUGUUAGCCUGUUUUCUUGGACGCUCCUAGCGCUUAUCCCACUUCCCUGGUAAUUGCCUCAAGCCCCCCUCAGGAAACCAUGGCCGAGCAGGCCUCGGGACCUCCUCUGUCGUCCCAACAUGACGAGGUGCUCCAGCAGCGAGUGGCAGCUCUGGAGCAGGAGAGGGCCGAGUUUAUCAAACUCAAGCAGCAGCUGGAGGCCGAGUUCAACCAGAAACGAGCCAAGUUCAAGGAGCUCUACCUGUCCAAGGAAGAGGAGCUGAAGAGGCAGACCGUGGCGCUGGAGGGCGCCCAGGUUGAGCUGAGCUCCAUCCAGGACCAGCUGGCUCAGGCCCGGUCUGAGAUAGAGACCAUCAAAGCCGUGGCCACCGUGUCGGAGAACACCAAGCAGGAAGCCAUCGACCAGGUCCGCAGCCAGUGGCAGGAGGAGGUGGCGUCGUUGCAGGCCAUCAUGAAAGAAACAGUGUGUGAGUAUGAGGUCCAGUUCCACCAGCGUCUGGAGCAGGAGCGAGCCCAGUGGAACCAGUACCGGGAGGCCAUGGAGAGGGAGCUGGGUGAGCUGAGACGCCGCCUCACCGAGGGCCAGGAGGAGGAGAACCUGGAGGACGAAAUGAAAAAAGCUCAGGAGGAUGCAGAGAAGCUGCGUUCGGUGGUGAUGCCCAUGGAGCAGGAGAUCGCAGCUCUGAAGGCUAAGCUGACAACAGCUGAGGACAGGGUGAAGGAACUGGAGGCCUCGAAGGUUAAGGAGCUCAAUCACGUUCUCGAGGCGGAGAAGUCGUGUCGUACGGACCUGGAGAUGUACGUGGCCGUGUUGAACACUCAGAAGUCGGUUCUGCAGGAAGAUGCAGAGAAACUACGGAAAGAGCUGCACGAUGUCUGUCACAAGCUGGAGUUGGAGCGGCAGCAGCACAACCAGCUGAAACACACGUGGCAGAGAGCCAACGACCAGUUCCUGGAGUCCCAGCGCCUCCUCAUGAGGGACAUGCAGAGGAUAGAGAGCGUGCUGUCAUCAGAGCAGCUCCGCCAGGUGGAGGAGAUGAAGAAGAAAGACCAGGAGGAGGAUGAGAAAGAGCGGCUGAGCCAAGUGAAGGAGCUGCAGGAGGAGGAUGUGGGAGACAACACCGAGCCUUUGGAGGAUUUAUUCCUCGGGCUGAGCGUCGAGGAGCCCCAUGCCAACCACAGCGGCCACGGCUCCAUGCACUCCUUAGACACUGAGGUGGUGGCGGGGGGCCCCAUGGACCCCUACAAGGAAAACCUGCGGAGAGUUCAGUCGACAGACAGCCUCGGCUCCUCGCUGUCCGUCCAGCAGGGACUUGGCGGCCACAACCACAAAGCCAAGUCGGCCAGCCACUUGGACGAGUCGGACUUUGGGCCCUUGGUGGGGGCCGACUGCGGGGUGACAGACAGUAGUUUUGGAGAAACUUCGUCCCUCAGCUCCAUCAAGCUGACGGCGAGUCACUUCCUCCUGACUAAAGACCAGGAGAAGGCCAUCAAGGCCAUGACGCCUGAGCAGGAGGAGACGGCGUCGCUGCUGUCCAGCAUCUCCCACGCCCCCGACACCGCCUUCUUACCGCCUGCCGGCUACAGACUCGUCAGCGACAGCGAGUGGAACCUGCUGCAGCAAGAGGUGAAAAACGCCGGCAGGAAGCUCGGCCGUCGUUGUGAUAUGUGCUCCAACUACGAGAAGCAGCUGCAGGCCAUCCAAGGACAAGAGGCCGAGACACGGGAUCAGGUGAAGAAACUGCAGGUGAUGCUACGUCAGGCCAACGAUCAGCUGGAGAGGACGAUGACUGAGAAACAGAGUUUGGAAGAUUCAGUCAAAGUUGGCAACGAGGAAACUGCUGCUAAGGUGUCUGCCCUGUUGCAAAGAGUCCAGGAAUCAGAAACGCUGCUCAGCACACUACAACAGGCCUUCAGUGAAGCUAAGAGGAACACCCAGGAGCAGAUGGCGGUGCUGGUGAAGUCGAGGGAGCAGGUGGCAGAUGAGCUAAGCCGACUGCAGAGAGACAACGACAGCCUGCAGGGAAAACACCGGCUGCACGUAGAACUACAGCAACAAGAGGACUUCCAGAUGCCCAACACCGUGGACGAGCUACAUGGCCUGGUGCUGCGUUUGCGCGAAGACCUGGUGGCGUUACGGACGUCUGCUGACCACAUGGAGGAGAAGCUGAAGGCUGAGAUUCUGUUUCUGAAGGAGCAGAUCCAGGCUGAGCAGUGUCUGAAGGAGAACCUGGAGGACACUCUGCAGCUGGAGAUCGAGGGCUGUAAGGAGGAGAUAGACAUCUUGGAAGCGUCGUUCUCCAGUCUGAAGACGGAGCUGGAGCGAAUAAAAGCAGAGAAGGAAGAGUUGCAGAGCAGUCUGACAGAGAAGACGGAGACACUGGAGAGCAUCCAGGGCCUGAGGAUCUGCCUGGAGCAGCAGCUCAAAGAGCUCAGCACUGCAAAGAGUGCACUAGAGAGUCAGGUCUUCGAUGAGCGAGACAAAGCCCAGCGGCUGCAGACGGAGCUGGAUGUCAGCGAGCAGGUUCAGAAGGACUUUGUCAAACUCUCUCAGACCCUUCAGGUUCAGCUGGAGCGAAUACGACAGGCGGACUCUUUGGAUCGAAUCAGAGUCAUCCUCAAUGACACCAACUUGACUGACAUCAACCAGCUUCCAGAGACAUGAUACCACUGAAUGAAAACUGCCUUCAGUUUCAUUCCCCUCUUUCUCUUAUCACUGGCCCAAUAACAUUAUUGAUCUGACCCUUCCUCCUCCCCAUAACCACAGAGGAAGAGUCUGGAGGGACGAGGACAGACGCGGCAUGAGGAGCCUUUUGUGUACAUUAAGAGUCUUGGAUCAUGGGUAGAAUAAUGAAGAAGAACACUACUAAAAAAAUGUAAAUAACUAAAUGUGCGACUCUGGACGGAGGGAGUGGAUAAAAGUCUGUGUCUUGUUUCUACUGUAGAUAUGACUGUCUGUAUUAGCUCAACCAAAAAGGUUUGUCGUCUUCUAAAGCACUUUCCAUCUGCAACUUCUCUUUCCAGGUAAAUAGAAAACGAUUGGAUGCAUAACUUUUCUCCUUCUGUUCUCAGAGCGGUUGAUAAUCGCUUCCUUGUUCCACUCGCUUGUUCUUUCCGUGUUUUUUUUUUUUUUUUUCUGCCUUUUCUGGCUGUUUUUCUGUGACAUUUUCCACCUUGUUCUGGUCAUUUCACCCCGUGACAAAGACAUGAUGAAGGAAAUUCAUGGAAAAUACUUGCACAUAACUUAACUGGGAUAAAAAAAAACAACAACAAAAAACAGGAACAUGACACAAUUUUAGCAAUACCCUUCAUUUCUUCAACAUCCUCGACUGUAUGUCGCUUCGUUGUUGUUCUUAGCGUCUGACAGAAGCCUUUUUCUUUCUUUUAAAGCUGCAGAAAUACAGUGAAGAAACAUUCAGCCAUGUCCAAAGUUUUGUUUUCCAACUUCACACUUGUUUGACUGUCGAGGAAACCACUGACACACUAGUUGACCCAGUUUGAGUCAGGUAAAGAAAGGGUUAGCUGAGGAGAAAUAAUGGAUUUUAAUACACUCUUUGCUCCUUUUAUCGAUCGCCUUUUUGAAUUGACCUUGGUUGGACUUUCUUAAUGUAAUUCUAAAGCUCUUAAAUUACAGUGGGCAGCUUUUAAACGAUACACGAUGGAAGAGCACACUAUGACAACACAAGGCACAAGCAGAGGCAGCAGCUGAUUGGGUGACGUCUUAUUUAAGGCCACUUCUGGAUGGUGGGGGAAAAACUAGCCUCUAGCUAAUAAACCACCUGCUCCUUCAUAAGCUCUCUGCAAACCUUCUCCUGCCUGACUGGUGUUUAAUCCCACUGUAACGUUCAUCCAUCGCUACAAGAUUAUCUGUGAGGCUACUGAUGGAUUUAAUUUAAGGAUUUCAUUACAAGCAAACAGUGAAUGACAUGAAAAUCAGUAAAAACAGGAAAACUAGAUGGAACAUCCUGAAGACUAAAAUCAGAUGGACGAGAAUUCACUGAGUCUUCAUCGACUGAAGCUGCCACUGUUUCGUAGGAAAUGUCAGAUGGUCGAAAAGCUUCAGAAAUCUCUGACCAUUUCUGUAGCUUUCCGAAUAUUCCCGCCAGGGUUUGAACUUCUCUCUCCAGCUCUCUGUUUUAAAUUCUGUCACACCUGAAACACCACAAAUACCUGACUGAAAAUGACAUCACACUUCUCCACCCACCUGGUUUUUAUGCACAUUCUCAAUCGUUCCCACUAUUAGAGGUCGGACUGCAGCUCAGUGUUUCCUCUUCUUCUGUUUUAAAGACACCUGACCGGAGCAUUAUCGCCACCUACUGUUAACCCUAAUGGACGAACUCCUAAUAUUAGCAUAAAAGUAGUAGCACAUAAAUUAACUUUUUUUUUUUAAUGCUGAUUUUCUGAAAUUUCAGUUCAAAUUUGAGCUACAUUUGGCUGGAAACCUGGUUUAUGAUGGCUGGCUGUUCACUUGUCGUCAAAGCUUUGAAGCUGACGUGGUCAGACAACACCAGGUCUUUUCUAGUAUAACCUGAUCCUUAGACAGUGACGUAAAGGCCUCAGUGUGCUUCAUAAGAAACCAGGUCGUACAAUGUGUGGUCCGUCUAAAGGCCAAAGUGUUUCUACCUUCUCUGAACGACUACACUCACAAGAACUCCUGAAUCUCUUCAUGACAAAAUAAAUCUCGUGAAUGUGGACGACAGUCACACUUUCAGAGGGGUCCUUUGUGGUGUUUCACUCGGCCGUUUUAUGUGAAAACGCGACAGGAGAGAGAAAAGUUUAAACCCUGCCUACGUUCACACCUGCCGUUGUUGUAUUGUCUGUUUUGGAAAGACUAAAAGAAGCUUGAGAUGCUGCUCGACGAUCAGCGAGGCGCUUCGCUUGAAGCAUAGUGAGGCCACAACACGUUCUGUGGGUUGUGUCUUUUUUAAUUAUCCAUAUCAGAUCCAGGCAGUUUGAUUAAGAUCAGGAUUUCGACCUCGGAGAGAGGGAUUACACAGGCGGUGUUCAAUAAUCAGCCACACUGCAGCUUUUUUUUUUACUUCCUACAGGGAUAAAUAAAUGCAAGAAUAUUCAUAGGAAGUAGUACACGUUGGAAUAAUUGACCAGUUAGACAACAAGUCAAGAGGUGGCACAUUACCAGCUGCUGGAUGCCCACGUUUGAAAUGUUCAGGCUAUGUCUCCAUGAUUUUGUUAAAAUCAGCACAGAGGAAUAUAAUUUUAGGUAUUAAUAGAAAAUAGAAAAUAAGUCUAAAAUGGCAACAAAAAAAAAACCCAAAACAAAACCAGUCAC